AUGGAUUUCGGAGAUAAACCCAAGCUAGAGUUUGCUGGCUCUGGUGAUAAGCUUAACUCUCCUAUAAGAUUGGUUCCUGAUGAGAGCAACAAGGAAAACGUACACGCAUUGGAAAGCGAUGAUCAACAGAGCGAUAAGGAGCAGACCUACAAGAGAAGUAAAAUAGAGUACUCAUCCCCAGAAAAGAUUGAGAUGCUUAAUAGUUUAUCUCCUAUAAAAAUAGAUAUCGAAGGAAAUGAUGGAAUUGAGUCUGAUUUGAAAAAAUCAGUCGCCACAGCCAUUGAAGAAGCAGUGCAAGAUUUCAAAAAGGAUUCAAAAGCGGAAGAAGAUGAAGAAGAGGCAUUCGGCAAGUUAAAUAAUGGAUUUCGUGGUUAUCAUGAAUCCUCCACUGCAAACGCUUCUGGAUCAGCUGGUUCUGAUGCACCACAACAUGCUCACUGCCAUGAGUCAUUGUCACCGAUAAGGUCGUAUGGUGAUAAAGAGAUGCCUCUCGACCCAUCAGACCCCACAGUCUGGGAGAAGAAGUUUGAUGAUUUAUCAUCCGUAAUAUGGGAUAAAUAUGAAGAGAUUAAGUAUCUCAAUGAUACUGUACAGAACUUACGAGAAAGAACAGUAGAAGCGGAAUUUAAUAAAGAGAGAGACAAAUUGGAACUUAUCAAAUGGGAGCAGAAAUAUGGCGACGUAUUAUCAAAACUGUAUAGGAGUGAGCAUAAACUCGAACAGUUUGAUGAAUUGAAACUCCAAUUUGAUAGUGUCAGCAAAAAGUUCGAAGCCUGCAAACAAAAAUUGAAAGAGGUCAAAAUAGAGUUAUCUAUGACAAAUCAGAACAACCACAUUCUAUCUGAGAAGUUCGAGAAAGAAUAUACCAAAUUCACUGAGAAUGAAAACUUGGUCAAUGAAUGGAAAGAUAAACAUGAUUCUUUACUAUUGGAACUUAAUGUGAAGACCAAGGAACUCAAGUCAAUUACCGAUGAGCUACGCUCGUUAAAGGAACAAUAUGAACGAAACGAAAACAAGUUGUCUGAAGUUGAAAGUGAAAUACAGGAGCUGCGUAAGAAAAUGGAAGAAGAGACAAUUGUAUUCCAAGACACAAUUAAACCUAGAGAUCUAAGUAUAACCGAGCUAAACAAAAAAUUACAGCAAUUUGAAGCAAAUGGUUCAGAUGAAGUUAGCUCUUUGAAAAGUAAGCUCCAAAUCACUGAAGCAGAAUUAGAUAGUAAGAAGAAUGAAAUUGAGUCAUUGAAUUUGAAGCUCAGUACAAAGGAAACAGCAUUAGAAGAGCUUAGGUCACAUAUCACUCAGGUCACCGAGGAUAAAGAGAAAUCAUUAUCUGAGUUAGAGCAGACCAAAAGGGACUUAGACUCUCUUACAAGCAGAAACGGCAACAUAGAAUCCGAACAUUUAGCAGAACUAGAAAGAUUACACGAAAAUAUGUCGCAUAUGGAAACUAAUCUGAAGCAAAACGUCAAAACUAUCGCUAAUUUAAAUGAAACUGUCAACAAUUUUGAGAAUAAAUGUAAAUCAUUGGAAGCAGAAAAUAUCGAUUUGAAAGCACGUCUAACACAGACAGAAACCAAUGUUAACAAAUCAGAAACGGAUGAACUCCGAGCUAAGAUCCAGAAAUUGGAAAAAAUGGUUGCAGAUUCAGAAGCAGAAACUAACAAAAAGUUGCAAUUAUUAGCUGAAGAUCUUUACAUCCAAUACUCUUCCAAACACGAGCAAAAAGUCAAGAUGCUCAAGAAAGGGUACGAAGCCAAAUACCAAGACCUGUUGGACAAACUAACAGUCGAAAAUAACGCAUUGCACGACGAAGUGGAUCAAUUGCAAAAAGCAGUGGAAAUAGAGAGAGCGGAAAAACAAGAGCUAAUAAAGUCUCUUGACAACUAA